AUGUCUCUGCUCAUGAUAACAUGUCUCUACCUCAGACUUGUUCGACUCAAUCGUUAUCAUGUCUCUGCAGAUACGUUGAAGAGUUUCAAGGACAAUAAUGGGCAGUUCAUUCUUUGUGGAGUAAACAAUGAUAAGCAUGGGAAUAAUAUUAAGGAAGAGCAUGUGAUGAGAAUUAUGCUCAAUCUUUUAAGAGUUUCGAGUGUGGCAUAUCCUAGAGAAAUCCUUAUGGAAGAGGCUAAAGUGUUUAGUACUGAAUAUCUUGAAAAGUUAUUAGAAAAUUUAGGAGAUACAUAUAAGAGAAGUUUUUUGAAAGAGGUGGAAUAUGCCCUUGUAUAUGAAUGGCCUCGUACCUUUACUAGAUGGGAGGUUGAAAGACAAGAGGAUUUUAGAGCUUGCAAAAUUGGAUUUCAAUAUUCUACAAUUUCAGUACAAGUUGGAGAUGAAAAAACUCUCAAGUUGGUGCUCUUUUGGGCAGUUAGUUCAAUAGCUGAACUGGAGCUUUCUAGUAGUAGACUUGCUCUGGAAAAAGCCACAACCAUCAUCACAAUCAUGGAUGACAUUUUCGAUGACUAUGCAACACUUGAGCAACUCAAAUGUAUUACAGAGGCCAUUGCUCAAGGUUGGGAUGUUUCUAUUAUAAAAGACAUUCCAAGAAACCUUAAGACAUGUAUUGAAUUUAUUUUCAAAACAGUUCUUGAAUUGACAAGUGAUGCUACCGAAAAGCAAGGGCAUGACAUGAUGCCUUUUGUUACAAAAGCAGAUGAGAGACUCCAUGGAAAGACUGCCUAG